UGUGGGCAAGGGGACCAAUCAGUAUUUACUACGUUGACGAAAAAGACUGAGGAGGAAGGUUCAACGAAGGAGUAUAUCAUAUUUUCAUUUCUUUUAUAGUCUUAGCUGUAGUAGUGAUCAAAGAGUUCCUAAGUCUUAUUUUACGGCUUUAAUUCACAUGACGACUCGUUUGUUAUCAACAAGUUGAUUGACGAUAGAAGAAAUCGAUCUUACUGUAGACAACACCCUUUUAUUUACUUCAUUCGAUAUUCUAUUUUUUGUUGACGUUUUACGUGCACCUUCCACGGAGUGCACACAUACGCACUGUACUAACGAUAACUAUUCUAGUACUGCGUUUAAUCACACUUGUUAAUAACGACAACUCCGAGAUUUAUUACAUUUUUUGUAUGUGGAAUUUUAAACGAAAAUACAUCGAUUCAUUUGAAUCAUGCAGACGUCUCUGUCUCACCUUCCUUCCCAACCUCCCUUACGAUGCGUAUAACAAGCAUUCGACUAGCCUUCCUUGACGUGUCGCGGUCAGUCAGUUCAGAUGACAGAUCGCUGCUGUGAAUCAACGGUCCAACUUUUAUGUUUAUAAUCGCGAGGCUUCCAACAUACCAUUCGAACAAUAAAUGCGAUGAACGUUCAAAUAAGACACCCCUACGAGGGUCUGUUGCAUAAAUAUACGAACGCGAUGAAAGGCUGGCAAUAUCGUUGGUUCAUACUCAGUCCCGAGACUGGCGAACUGCAUUAUUUUCUAAGCGAAUCCGAAAAAAAUCAACGACCACGGUGUUCUAUAUAUUUGGCCGGUGCCGUGAUCGCCCCGAGCGACGAAGAUUCCAACACAUUUACCGUUAACUCUGCUACAGGUGACAUGAUCAAAUUAAGGGCCGCGGAUGCCCGUGCUCGACAAGAAUGGGUCGACAAGCUACGAGCUGUCACAGAGAUGUAUACGAGGGCAAUAGCCAGCUGCCACCCCCCGUUGCCUCCGAGGGAACAUUCUACCAAUUCUGCUAGGACCCCGCCGGUCGCCAAGCUGGAAAUCUUGGACGCGUUCGCCAAUUGUCAGGAACAACUGAGCAAAGUGGAGAAGCACAAUCUCGCGUUAGCGCAAACCAUCGAGAACUCUAGUUUGAACUUGGACCCAGACCUGCUGGUGCUCAAAGCAAUGGCGUAUACAACUUUACACACGUUGAACCAGUGUCUCAAUAUAUUGUAUCAAUAGAGAAAAACGUUACCCGUGAAGGACCCGUGAGAACGUGUUCCUCUUUCUAUCAUUAGUCGCUGUCGAAAAACUCAUCGGAUGCAUUUCAGUUAAUUUGUUACAGAAUAUAUUUUAAGCCUAUUACCCGACACGAUCCCGCGAUGAUCCCGCGAUGAUCCCGCGACGAUCCCGCGACGAUCCCGCGUAUACAGUUCUUCCAAGUUGGUGAUACAAAACUUGUAAUUUGUUUGUAAGAUUUUUUUAAAUGCAAGUGCUUUGUCUCGUUCUCGUUACUCGUUGAAGAUCUUGUUAAAAAAAAUAAUGUAAAAGAACAAUGUGCGCGAACUUGUGUGCAUACGAAUUGAUAACAAAUUAUUCGCGAUUAUUACGUAGUAUAGUACGUCAAAUAAAGAAGAGUUACUCCUGUACGUUUCAUACGUA